AACUUUUAUCACAUCAUGUUUGAAUGGUGUACAUGCUUGGUGUCAUGGUUUACAUCUCCAUCCUCCUUCAGAGUGGCUUUUAGCGUCGGUGCUCAUUGAAGAUGGCUGGGAUUUUCUACCUGGCUUUUCUUUGGACUGCUUUCAUCACACAGACAGGAUUUGUGCUGUGUGGGGAGGUUUCCUUCGUGGAGCGGCUGGAGGGAGAGUCUGUGUUUAUCCGCUGCCACAUGGAGCCCAGGGGCCCGCGGCCCUAUGGUCUCUACCUGAAGCGCACCUGGAUCCGCAGCGGGGAGGUUUUCUUCAAAUACACAGAGAACGACCCUUCUGUUAACGAGUCCUUUAAAGAGCGAGUGAGCAUCAGCGGAGACCCGAGUGAUUACUCUGUCAACGUCAGCAUCUCCCAGCUGAGGGCCGCGGACACAGACCGCUACACCUGCGAGUUCGUGGUGGAGAGGGUGGGAUCCGAGGACCAAAGGAUUCAAGGAAACGCUGAGAUCUUCCUCCGAGUUAUUUCCGAUGCCCCGGGCUCGGUGGACAUUGACCUGAUACAGACGUGUACUGGUGGGUCAGCUGUGCUUCCGUGUCACACCCCAAAUAGCGAGGGAUUGGCUGUGGAAGGCGUGAUUCUGAAACGACAAGCAGGCCGCGCCCCCGUGGAGGUGGCCUACCACUCACAGCAGCACCAAAGCUCUCUGUUCCCCACCCAGAGGGUCCAGCUGGUGUCUGCGCCUGGACCCAGCGGCUUGGCCUUCAACCUGACCCUGCUGCAGCUCCAGCCUGAGGACAGCGCCCUCUACAGCUGCCAGCUGCUCCUGCGGGGCAGGUCAGACAGAAGCACCAGUCUAAGGGGUGCAGUGUUCUUUCUUUCUGUGGAAGCCAACCGGUGCGUCUGCUCCAGCUACCCCACGCUGCUGUACGCCCUGUCAGGCGCCGUGGGCGUCCUCAUCCUCCUCCUGAUCCUCGUUGGAUGUGUCGCCCUUUCUAAGGGUAAGGCCCGUCAGAGCCCCAAGUCAAACUCCCCGGCGCCCAUCUACGAGGAGAUGAUCGGGUCGCCCAGAAGAAAACUGGCCCCUCUCCAGCUGGAGGACGUCGAGUCCUCCGAGUACAAAAACUGCCCGUUGAAGAGAAGCAGCCCUGGGAACCACUAUGAGAGCCCGACUGGGGCCCUCUUCCCCAGCAGGGAUCCUUAGAAAUAAAAUGUUAGACCAGGUCAGGCUGGACUGGGAGCGAUUUUUGGCCCUGGCAUUUUCCCAUCUACACCGGCCUGCUUAUUGCCACCUUAUUAACAUGAAUGUGACAUCAGAUGUCACUGCCUCAUGUUUUCCAGACCAAAACAUUUUCAUAAACCGCCUGGAUGUAUGAAAUCUCGCCCAAAUUGAACCAAAGUCUAUUGAUCUCUUAGGCCAUAAAUCUAAAGAAAUUUUUUACCCAUUGAUGGCC